CAGGCCCUGGAGUAAUAGCUUACCUCCUGAGGAACAGCCCUCGCAUAGAACAGUAUCAAGCAACUCGGCGCGCGAAAUAGCAGACAGAGUUCCUCCGAACGCGAGGGCCACCAUGCGGACUAUGCUGAGGCCUAUCCUGUUCUUGGGAAUCAUUCAAUUUCUGACAGUGGAGUCUCUGGCAAGACAAGGUACAACAAUAGCUGCAAAACUGACGAGCAACAAAACCAGUAGUCGUUACAGAGAUCCAUUGCUUGCUAAAAUCUUGCCCAAUCGGACACUUGCAUCGAACGAAGAGCGUAUAAAGUCACUGGCAAUCGCACUACAGAACGCUGACAAGGUUUUGAACGGUAAAAGAUUGCGGAAAAAUGAACAGUCGGAAAAGCCUCGAACAUUUGGUUCACCGAUAAUGGCAGCCGAACUGCGCCCCAGGUCGGACAACGGCCCUUCAGACCCUCCACGUAGAAAUGUUCGACUGCGCUCAAGGCCAUCCGGAAGAUAUUCGACCCCGUCUUCCGUGCUGCUACCACCGUACAAAUCUUACACUCCCGAGUUCGAUUUUGAAAACGAUAAAACGGCCCAGCUUCCGUCACUAACCAAGAAGGACGACGUCGUUACUACGGAACUUCCAGACAGUACCACUUUCGGCCGUUCGAAGUUCCACGAAUCCACUUCGUCGUAUUCUCUCAGGGACGGGGUGAAGAAUUCGUCAGCACGCCACGGGCCAGAUGAAAACGACAUCGGACGUUUCUUUGUCCCGCAAAAAAGAAAGGAAACUUUUGGUAACCGUCAAGAAUAUCCAUCGGAUUCAUCUCCGAAAACUGACGCCAAAUUUCCGCCGUACUGGGGUAAUACCGCUUCCGAACCCUUGAAGAUAAGGUUGAAUCCUAAUGCCACUGUUGAGUCUGCAUCUAGAACAGGCGGAUCUGAUAGAUAUAAUCAGAAGGCGAAUGAAAAUGAAAUUUCGAAGAAGAAAGACAUCCUUUCAUCCGAAGAAACCGGGUAUCAUUGGGGAAGACGUCCGGUUCAAACCGUAAACCACUACAAGUUUGUUGAUACGGCGUGGAAAGUUGACGCGAUUCCUGGUGUCGCCGGCCAAGAUUAUCCCGUUCAUCAACACCACGAGCACAAUUACCUCCGGUAUCCUUCCAGCAGGUUCGUCUGUCCGGUCGGUCCUGGAACGCACAUCUAUCUCGCCGACCGUGCAUCCAGAUGUCAGAUAUUCUACGUGUGUUACGGAGAAAAGACCGGAGUGCCCAUGAUGUGUCCAAACGGAACCCUCUUCAGCGAGCAUCUGCAAGUGUGCGACUGGUGGUUCAACGUGGCGUGUUAAUCACAAGAUUAAUAUCUGUAUAUAAAUUUUUUUAUAAUAAAAAUUGCAAUCCACAUCCUCUAUUAAUUCAUAGAGCGAACCGCUUAACAUGUUUCCGCAAUUCAAGGUUUUGUUUCUACGUAUAAGCUGCGCCUGCGGCACAAGUGAGAACAAUUUUACUCUCAACGAUUCCAGUAAAUCCGAAUUCAAUUAAAUUCAACCGGUAUAUCUCUAGGCCCUCAAUAAUAGCCCGGUUAGCAUUGUAUCACUUCCGUGAGAGGUAAAAA